AAGUCCCGAGGGAACGAUUCGUUUUCCGAAACUUAACGAAUGUGCCCAUUUUCACUACGAACACGUAGAACUUGGUCCAAUAACGGCCGAACUCUGUGAUAAAAGGCCCGACAGUAGUAAGGUGGCGCUAGCAUCGGCCAACUCUCCAGAUAAAGAAAACGAAGCAACGCAGUGGUGGUUCUAUGUGAAAGUAUCAAGCAACAGUCGGUCAUGGGUCAUAAGACGGAACUAUGAGAACUUCCGAAUGUUAGACAAACAACUUCAUCGAUGUGUAUACGACCGGAAAUUUAGUGUACUUCAAGAACUUCCAGCUGGGGAAAAUUUACCUGACGAAGCAACAACAAAACAGGUGAUGAUACUCUUUUAUUGUUAUUAUUAA